CCGUUUCCAGGACUACCGGGGCUAGUUGACCCGGAUCACGUGACAGCGCGGGGUUUUGUUGCUGUCACAGAUUUGUAAAGUGAAGAGCCGCGAGACAGAGCCGUCUGGAGCGCGCGCACUAAAAGAUGGAGCAGGAGCUGUCGGCGACCGGAGACCGGGUUUUCGCCGCGGAAUCCAUCCUGAAAAGCCGCGUUAGAAAAGGUCGAAUCGAGUACCUGGUGAAAUGGAAAGGUUGGGCUCUAAAACACAGCACAUGGGAACCAGAGGAGAACAUCCUGGAUGAUCGUCUCAUCGCGGCCUUUGAGCAAAAGGAGCGGGAGUUGGAACUUCAUGGCCCAAAGAAACGUGGACCUAAACCAAAAAACUUUGUACUAAAGGCACGGGCACAGGCGGGUGAUAGACCUCGAAGCUCAAAUCCCAGACGCACUCCACUCCUCAAAUCCCAGACGCACUCCACCUCAAAGCCUCCCACUUCUUCCUCUUCUGCAAGUUCAGCUGCUCCUCAGCCUUCACCAUCCUCUUCCUACUCUACCGCUCCAACCCCUAGAGUGCACUCUCUCGCUGCUGCUCAUAAACUGAAGAAAGACAUCCAUCGUUGUCAUAGAAUGUCUCGACGACCUUUGCCACGACCCGACCCUCUGGCCGACCCAACAGGAUCCACAUCUUCACCCCGUCCUCCCAUCUCUCCCUUCUCCGAAACUGUCCGCAUACUCAACCGUAGGGUCAAACCUCGGGAGGUUAAGCGGGGACGCAUAAUCUUGAACCUGAAGGUCAUUGACAAAGCUGAAAAUGGUGGAGUAGCCAGUAGAAGGUCAGCGCAGUCGUACACGGGGCGGGCGAAAGUCCCAUCCAGGAAUCGCAUCAUUGGGAAAAAGCAUGGGGACAUGCCUUAUAGGCCAUUCCAACAUCCUAUGAAGAUGUUGGGCUUCCCAAUGUAUGGCCAGCCAUUCGGGCUUCACCCCUGUGGGCCAAUGUCCUCCAUGGCUAAUGAAGGGUCCAAUACUGGAGCCAAUCAAAGAGGUGGAAGCUCCUGUGGUUGCCAUUCCUCUGCAACUGCGCAGAAGUUUCAGUACCAGCCUCCACCUUCUCCAUCCAGCUCCAGUGGGUCUAACGGCAGCUCCCCGUCAUCUCAGAAACAACUGACCCAACCUGAAGCUCCUACUUCAACUAAAUUGGGCUCCCCAGCCUCAUCACGUUCCCGAGAUGCCUCCAAACCUCACCCAAAGUCCAGCCUGACGCCAUUCCUCCCUUCCUCACCCUCCUAUUCGUCCUACCCAUCAUCCUCUCCUGAAGACGAAGACCAGGGCUCUCCGAAUCUCACCACUUCUCGGGGCCGAAAACGGAAACUUCAACAUCGAACCCAGCCGGGUCAAGCCUCGGUCAGCCAGGUUAGUGACCGCAAUACUGCUCCACUUCAUGAAGAUAACAGGGUGCCAAAAGAGGGGGACCCCGAUUGGCACCCUGAAAUGGCACCCAGCUGUGCCAAUGUAGUGGUGACUGACGUCACCACAAACCUUCUCACAGUCACCAUCAAGGAAUUCUGCCAUUCUGGAGCGGGUUCUGAACCCUCCUCCCCUUGCCAGGCUGACAACCCACCCACUCCCACCACAGCUGCCUCUUAAAAAGUCCCCCCUAAAUGCCCCCAGCCAAAAUAUCUGCCCACUUAACCCCAUGAGAACUUGCCAUAAUGAUAUUAACGCACCCUAAAAUAGUUGCGUAAUUGAAAUUAAAAUGUAUUUUUGGUGAAAUUAAGAAUUAUUGAAGUAAUACUUAAAGGCAGGGUUGCUUCCCUUGACCUAUACUUUUUAAACAGCAUGUUAUGAUGGUUUUGUAGUGCUUCAUGCCUUUCUUCCCCCUCUUUUUUUUCCCCAGUGAUCCUGUCUUUCCACAGCCUUUUUGCCCAGUAAUUGCACCUUGUCUUGUCACCACCAGUGCUGUAGAGACCGCCAUUCCCAUAUCUCCAGACCUAAAGUUCAGAAUCCACCCAAGAAAUGUUGAUCUCAACAGCUUUCUUGGACUCGAGACGUUUUUUUUUAUCUUUUGAGGUGCAUUGUUAUUAGGAUACCGACCACAAGAUGCUUCACUCCUGCUUUGGAAGUUCAGCCAGUGUGGGUGAAGAUCGUGUAUCCGCACACGCACUUGUUAGAUAACACUUAUUGUGGCAAAAUGCCCAUUUAGGCAUCCAACCCAUGCAUUGAUCUCGCCAACUGUCUCCUUUGCUAACGAAGAACCAUUGCUCAUGAAGAACCCAUGUCAUCAUUGCGCUCACUAGAUCACCUGGGCGUAGACGUGACUGUAUUUAAAUGCACCAAGCUGCGAAAUCCUGAGGACAGUUAAGUUAUUUCCUUCCACUUGAACGCUUUGAUCCAGAUGUCUGCCGAGACUCUAAACUGACUCAAGUGUGAAUGCUGAGGACUGCAUCUAAUGUGUGGUACUGUACGUUAAACCUUCCACACACUCAACAACCCGCUUUCCUUAUUGGAGAAGUUCCUUCUCACAUUUGCCUUCUGACUACAAUAGUUUGUGUUUCAUGGAAUAGUUACUGUAUUUUUUGGGGGUUGGUAAC